GUUUGGCUCAAGAUGGCUGGAGAGAAACAGUUAUGAAGAUCGACGGUUAAAUUAGACAUUUACGAAAAAUGAGCCUCUGUAUAGCUUGAAGGUGAACCCUCCACAUUACUGGGGAUACAGGGGAGCGUGGAGAGGGGGGGACAGGACCACAGCCCCGGCACCGCUCCGACAGAAGAGGAGCUAAGGAGGAAGGAACCAUCCAGUUGACUGCUGUGGUUUUUGCCGAUUAGUAUCACACAGUGAAGUUGGACCUAUGCCCAUAUCAAAGGCCACUAUUGUAAGUCAGAUCAUAAUGUGAAAUUCAAACCUGCAAAUCUGUUUACCAUUAGGCCAUCUUGAAGCAUUCCACUGUAAUUUCUCCCUCCUUUUGAUAUGAAGAUACAGUAUUGAUAUAAAUGAAAGGUAUUUUACCAUUGCUUUUUAAAGCCCUACCAGUGGCUUUUGAUUAAUGGAUGGAAACUGUAAAAUAGAUUGAGUUGAUACUCUUUGAAAAGACUGUGGCUGUAUCAUUACCUCAGAGGUACAUUUCACUAGUAUAGUUUUCUGGCUUUUUGCUCCCAUUCAGAAUGUUGAGAACCACUAUUUUAAAGCACCACCCCCAAUAUAUAACCGUGAAACGUUAUUUGUGAAUGUGGGGUGAAAGAGUGAAUCCAGGGCUUUGUCAAGGGGCAUCUUCAGUACCUUUGACCACGUUGUAGUGCUGGUCACCAGGGAGGGAGACGAGAGAGAGUAGCCCCUCUUCAUCUGGUAAAGAUCCUGCCCUUGGGCGGCUUUCACGCUCCACUGGAUGAUCCCUCCAGGAAGUGAGGGGGGGUACAAGGAGCACCCCGCAGAGCCCCAGCAUGAACCAUGGCUGCAUGCUGAGCCCAAAUCAAAGGAGGCACUCUGUCCUGAGCCUGAGGGCAGCUAGUGAGUCCAGCCCCUCAUGCCAGAUGAAGAGCCUCCAGUUCCGGAGCAUCGCCCCUAAGGCCCCGGCCAUGGUGCCCUCCCCCUCCCCUGCGGUCCUGUCCUGCCAGCCUCCCUCUGCCCUCCCUGAGGCCUCCACUGCCUCAAGCCCUAAAUCCAUCAUUGUGCCCACCCAAAACUAUGCACUGAUGCAAAUAGCGGGUCAGGAUGGCACCUUCUCCCUGGUGGCACUGCCCCCUUCUGUCUCCUCACAGACGCCGCAGCAACAACAGCAACAAACUCAGUCAAUCCAGAAGAACCUCAAGUUGCCCAUUCCCAGGUACCAGCCAGUGAGGAGCAAGGGGACCACAGAAAAAGUGAAAUCAGCCCCACUAGCUACCAGGGUGAAGAUUCCCUCCAAGGUUGCCGUGUCAACUCAGACAAAGUUAGUAGCAGGGCCGUCAUCAGUGAUGAAGAAAAAACAACUUGAGUCCAAGGACACAAAGGAAAACCCAGUCCCCAAGGUGGAACCCUCUGAGCAGGUAAUCCUGAUUGACCCAGCCUCAUCUGAAAUCUCAGUCACAGCUCUGCUCCCAGACAAUGCUGUCCUGUAUCCGAGCUCUCAGUUGGAGCGAGCUCCGGAUAGCUCUGAACGGCCUGCUACAACCGGCCUACUCCAGAACCUCCAGUACCCCCCCUCUACUGCCAAAAGCUCCCCAGGCAAAGGCCCUGAGGAAGGGGGUAAGACCACACUGAGGCCAUGCCAAUCUAAGCCUGCUGCAGCCCAGCCUCCAGGCAGUAUCACUGUCCUUUCCCCGGCCAUCUUCAGCAAAGCGGUCCAGAUUAUCCCCUCCCCACCCAAGGGCAAACUGCCCAUCCUACCCUACUCGAAGAUGAAGAGCACCCUCAUCCCAGCUGCCAAGCUCAGCACCUUGUCCCCAGAGAAGAAGGGUUUCUCUAGCCAGACAGGCCUCAACAGCCCCUUAGAUCCCACAGCCAAGACCCUCGAGACAGUUGAAGCUUUGAGUCAUAACCAGGUGCCAAACUCCCUUCUACAGCCUCAGGCCAAGACCACACUCUUGCCUGUGCUGGGGGCCCUCCAGAAACCACCUGGCAAGAAGAGAGGGAGGAAGAGAAAGACAAUGGAAGACAUUAUAGCAUUUGAGGCACGGAAAAAGAGGUCCUUGUCUUUCUUCCGUAGGAGGGUUCCCGAGAAACCCCCUGCAGUUGUUCCAGGCUCCAAACAAAAAGAAGUUGAUAUUUCGAAGAAAUACCGCAGCAUUCGACCCAAGCCCAUGCUGGUUAUGGAGACAGUUCCCCAGCUUGUUAGCUUGCCUGCUAUUACCUCAGAUGGCCAAGAACAGGAGCUCCUACUGGGCCAUCCCCUCUCCACUACCACCACAGCCAAGGCCCUGGACUGUCCCCCCCAAUCAGCCCCAGUCACGUUUCAUCUGAGAGGUGCCUCCCACCAGAGAGUAUUCGUAGGUAGCCGCCCACUUCACCGUUGCCCCACCUGCAGCCGCUGCUUCCAGUUCAAGCACCACCUCCAGAGCCACAUGAACAGCCAUACCAACAGCCGGCCGUAUGUCUGUCCAGUCUGCCGCAAGGCGUAUGCCCAUUCUGGAAGUCUAAGCACUCACAUGAAGCUUCACCACUCAGAGGGACGCCCUCGGAAGACCCUGUGCUGCGAGUUCUGCGAAAAGGCCUUUGGAUAUGUGGGAGUGUACUUCAGUCAUCUGAGAGAAGUGCACAAGGUCGUGCUGACCGUGGAGCCCUCGAUCAGCCACCAUGAGGAUGACGUUCCUGUUGAAGGAGCCAACUCUCCAGAGCUAUCAGAUGAACAGGGCCAGGAUCGUGAAGACCCAGUGGAGCUGCAGAUUAAGUGUGGCCGCUGCCAGGCCAUCACACCCACUUUUGCCGACAUGAAACUGCAUUUGCUCUACGUGCAUGGCGAGGAGGUGCAGUUGCGACUGCAUGAUGGCCAGGCUCUGCGCGGGGGUCGCGAGGCUGAGGACGAGCUAGUAAAGCAUGCCGCCCACUACUGGAGGCAGCUGAAUGAGAAGCGCAACCUGGUCAAGUGUGGCAGCUGUGAUGAGGAGUUCUUCUCUUUCUCCAAACUGAAGAGGCACAUCCAGUCCCACCACCGUGCAGACAGAGGAGAGGGAGAGGAUGGUGGGAACACCUCAUCACCAGGUGACAUUGGAGGCCUUGGUGUCCUUGCAGCAGGCUUGGCUUUUAACUGUGUGCUGUGCAGCGAGGUGUUGGACACUAAGGAGGCUGUGAUGGAGCACUGGAGGAGUCGCCACCACUGUGAGCAGCCCAGUCUACUCUGGGAUGCCCUGAGCUCCUACUCUGGCCAGGGAGAGGGUGAAGCGGACGGGGACCUGGACACUCCUGCUCCGAGCCCACACUAGCCAGCCUAGCCCUUGGAUGGGCAAGGAGCCCUGCACUAUGGCUCCUCCUCAUACUCACUCAGUCCUAACAAUAGUCAGUAGCACAGGGAUGGAGAGUUUCUCUCAUGUGUUUUAGCACUUAUUUCAUCUUUCACCAGGCGUUGACGCAUUUGACUUGGUUCUUGAAAAGGAAAAAGAACAUCCAGCCAAUGGUGAAAAUUGAUCUUUGUGCUUCAAUUCAUAAGGGAUAUUCUCUCUAGGUCAGAGAAUUCAAUUUUAUAAACUAUAUUAUUUUUCAUGUUCUUAUUUUGAUUGCACUGUUCAGUUUUUGGCAUUCAUUUUGUUUGGAAGUCUGUAUUUAAUAACCUGUUGAAAAUUAAAUAAUAUUUUUUUCUACUGCUUAUUUAAGUAUGUUAUUAAAGGAUAAUUUAUAACCUAGCAGACACAGUUAAAUUACUGUUUAAAUACUGAGAAAUGUAACUCUCACAACAAGGGCACACUGUCUACUGUCACACUGGCAGACAUUUUAUCUAUUGGCCUUUAAUUAUCAUAGGUUGAAAACUCAAUCACUGUACAACCCUUCUAUGUAACAUUACUCCAGUUAAGGAGGAUCAAAAUCUUCAGUUAUGACUUGAACUUGUUGGAAACUUUCACAGUCCCAUUGAGGGCAAUAUUAGUUUCAACUUUGACCCAGGAAGGAACGCCUUCUCAACCAGCACCCAAGUGACAUCCUUGUGGCCUUCGGAAAAAAAAAAAAGGUAUCCAUGCGUCAUGUGGCUCAUAAUCAGUAUGGUCCUCUGCAGGCCAAGUUUUAUCUCCUUGACUUGUUAAUAAAUAAAUGCCUAUAUGUGUAUUCUGUGAUAUGCCAAGGGUUUAUUCACACUAGUGAUUGUAGAAGUGAAUAUUUGCUUUUAAGCUUCUAACCACUGACAGAAAGCUAUCUGUUGAUUUAGUAAAAAUGCGAAGGAAACCAUCAAACUGCCUACCUAUUGUUGCCAGCUAAUGUAUGCACCUGUGGAAUUGUGUGCACCUAAACUCUGUCAUGAUAGAGGUGAUGGAAACUGUUGUCAAGUCCAGAAAAAUAUGCUAUUUUAUACUCUAGACUAAUACAGAGGUCUUUUAGGAUAUUUAUGCUUGUGGUUGGUUGUUGAAGAACCAGCACUGAGAUAUUUUUAUGUUCUGUUUGCUUGUUCUGAUGGGGGGGUGGGAGGGGGGGUGGGAUGGGGGGUGCUUAAUGUCGUUCUUGGUUGGAAGGCCACUACUACAUGGUGAGUAGCUGUAUUAACAUUUGUCUGUGUGCAUCUUUCAUAUAAGAAAAAAAAAAAUCACAGGGUCAAGUGAAUGUACCUUGAAUGUUUUAAAAACCUUACCAAAUUAUAUAUAUACUAUAUAGACUUAUAUAGAUAGAAGAAUAUAUAGAUAUAUUGACAAAAUAUAUAUAUUUACAUAGAGUAACUAGUGAUUCAGCUGCUUUGUCCUGUCACACAGUGGAGGGAAACAAGAUGAAUAUAUCAUUGCCAAAACUGGCAACAAAAGCCAUGUGGAGCUGUCCUUAUGCGUCUGACACAAAAGCUAGGACUGUGAACAAAGGGCAGAUCAUUGAUGCUCAGAUAUCGCACUGAGUUGGUCAAAUACCUACUGUUCAUAGAAAGCCAUGUCUGACUGAUGACUUCUCCUUUGUUUCUAGCCCUAGAUACAAACCAGGAAGUGACAGAAUUAAGGGUCAGACUCCUCUUUCCUCAGUUAGACGAGAAAAAUACAUGACUGUCAGCACAGAAAGUCAAAGUGUGAAAAAUCACACAUUUGGGGUAUAUAAUGUGUUCAGCUCACGAAAUAUGGUGACUGUGUCCAAAAAGAAAAAAAAAGACUGAAAGUGUUUGUGCUUGUGACUGUUCGUGUACCUGAAAAACCUUAUGUUCAUGAGAAUAAAUAUAUGCUUUGUUGAGGUUUAAA